AUGGCUGCAGUCCAGGGAGCUAUUUCGAAGCGCCGCAAGUUCGUCGCCGACGGUGUCUUCUAUGCCGAGCUGAACGAGUUCUUCCAGCGCGAGCUGGCUGAGGAGGGUUACUCGGGCGUCGAAGUCCGCGUUACUCCUACCGUCACCGAUAUUAGAGACGGGAAGGCCCAGCACGGUCGGAAACUGGCAGUCGGAUAUGAGUUACAGAAGGUUGCAAAGGAUAUUCUGAGCACUAACGGAAGCUCCCUUUUUUCUGUAGUUAUCCGUGCCACCCACACCCAGGAGGUUCUGGGAGAGCAGGGCCGCCGCAUUCGCGAGCUUACCUCCCUCAUCCAGAAGCGAUUCAAGUUCCCCGAGAACUCCGUCUCCCUCUAUGCCGCUAAGGUCCAGAACCGCGGUCUCUCCGCCGUCGCUCAGUGCGAAUCCCUCCGUUACAAGCUCCUGAACGGUCUGGCCGUCCGCCGUGCCUGCUACGGUGUUCUGCGUUUCAUCAUGGAGAGCGGUGCCAAAGGUUGUGAGGUUGUCGUUUCCGGAAAGCUGAGGGCUGCUCGUGCCAAGUCCAUGAAAUUCACUGACGGCUUCAUGAUCCACUCCGGUCAACCUGCUAAGGAAUUCAUUGACUGCGCCACUCGCCACGUUCUCCUCCGCCAGGGUGUCCUUGGUAUCAAGGUUAAGAUCAUGCGCGGUUCCGACCCCGAGGGCAAGGCCGGCCCCCAGAAGACUCUCCCCGACUCCGUCACCAUCAUCGAGCCCAAGGAGGAGGAGCCCAUCCUGCAGCCUAUGAGCCAGGACUACGGCGCCAAGGCCCUUGCUGCCCAGCAGCUCGCCGAGCAGCAGCGUCUGGCUGAGCAACAGGCAACGGAGGCACAGGAGGGUGCCGGUGCGGAAGCUUUCGCGCAGGAGUAA